AUGUUACUUUGUAGAACCAGAAAUGCUGUUUUCAAACCCUCUAUUUCCUUCAUUCUCUGUCUUUACUCUUCGUCAUCUUCCAACAAAAACCCUAAUUUCACAAACCCUAAAACCCUUUCUUCCAAAUCACUUCAACCCACUUCCUCAUCACCUUCAAUUCAACGUCUUUCACCCCAAACAACUCUUUACUCUUUGCUCACUGACCUAGUUUCUUGCCCCACCGACACUGACUCAACCAUUGAAAAUGUUUUGGAUUGUUACAAGGGAGAAUUAACCUCCAACCUCGUACUUCGUGUCUUGAUGAGUUACAACCACUUGGGUAGAUCCAAAACAUUGAAAUUUUUCUCAUGGGCUGGGACUCAAAUGGGUUUUCAAUUUGAUGAUACUGUGAUUGAGUACAUGGUUGAUUUCUUUGGUAGAAGGAAACUCUUUGAUGAUAUCAAGUGUUUGUUUAUGACAGUUGUUGCUCAUAAGGGUAAAGUUUCAUCUAAGGCAUUGUCUAUUUGCAUUAGGUUUUUGGGUAGAGAAGGUAGAAUCAAUGAAGCAUUGUCAUUGUUUGAGGAAAUGGAGAGUGUGUUUGGGUGUAAACCUGAUAAUCUUGUUUGUAACAAUGUGCUUUAUGUGUUGUGUAAGAAGCAAUCAUCUGUUGAGAUGAUUGAGCUUGCACUUUCAAUUUUUCACAAGAUUGAAUCACCUGAUACUUAUUCUUGUAGUAAUAUGAUUGUUGGUUUGUGUAGACUUGGUAGAUUAGAAGCAGCUCUUGAGAUUUUUCGCAAAAUGGAUAAGGUCGGCGUGCAUCCGACUCGUUCGGCUGUGAAUAUUCUUAUUGGGGAGCUUUGUUUGAUGAGUUCAAAAGAAGGGUUUGUUGAGAAAGUAAGAGUGAUGAAUACUCGUAGACCGUAUAGUAUUUUAGUUCCUAACAUGGGAGGAAAUAGGGGUGCAAUUCAGCCGGCUAUUGAAGUGUUUUUCGCAGUUGUUAAUUCCGGCUUGUUGCCUGGUACUUUUGUUGUGAUCAAGCUUAUGUCAGAGCUUUGUCGAUUAGGUGAUACCGGAGAAGCUCUUAAAGUGUUGAGGAUUGUUGAGGAAAAGAAGCUAACUUGUGUUCAAGAGGGUUACUCAAUUGUUAUGAAGGCAUUGUGUGACCAUCGCAGAGCUGAAGAAGCCGGUAAUUUGUUUGGGAGAAUGUUAGAUAUUGGCUUAAAACCAAAGUUGAUUGUUUACAAUUCUGUUAUAUCCAUGUUGUGUAAAUUGGGAGAUUUGGACAAUGCUACUGGAGUGUUUGAAAUCAUGAGCAAGAAUCGAUGCCUUCCGGAUAGUUUAACUUACAUUGCAUUGAUCCAUGCUCACGGCGAGUUUAAGAAUUGGAAAGUUGCUUAUGACUUGUUGAUUGAAAUGUUGAGUUUCGGAUGGAUACCACAUUUUCAUACUUCCAAUUUGGUAGAUAGUCUUUUGAGAGAACAUGAUCAGUUGGAUCUUUGCAUUAAGUUGGAGAGAAAGUUGGAGAAUCAGAAGUUGCAUAAGCUGUGUAAGGAAGGUCAAUUAGAUGCUGCUUAUGAGAAAGUAAAAUCAAUGCUUGAAAAGGGUAUUCAUUUAUCAGCUUAUGCUAGAGACUCAUUUGAGCAUGAGUUUCAAAAGUGUGGCAAGUUAACAAUAGCACAUCAAUUACUGGAAAAUACUCAAAGAGUUGAUGAGCCUCAGGAGAUUAACAGAACUUGACUCGUUGCAGAAUGAAACAUUCUUUGUUGUAACAAUUUUGGGUUUUAUAGUUGAUGUUUUUAUGCUUUGAUAUUUUAACAUAGUUUUAUGCCCCUAGUAAAUAAAAAACAGAAUUUUAUCCUCAACAAACUAGUCUCAGUUUAAAUUGAUUAUGUAUCUUCUAAAUUCUUAUAUGGUCCUAUCAUUGAACCUUCUAUAAUCUUAUGCUCGUCAAUAAAGAAGAGAAAUGUCAUAACUACAGAGUUAACUGAUUCUUAUAUGGU